AUGGAGUGGGAGGCCGGGCCAGCUUGCAUGGGACCCGGCGACACAGGCCGGCUCUCGCUGGUGAAAUACCACGGCUACGUGCAUGACUUGGCGGGAUGCAACUGUAUGCGGGCAACGGUGGCACCGGCGUAG